UGCAAACAUAUUCAACAACAAUUUUAGUCGUUGUUUCCGAGCAUUCAUAAUUGCUGUUAUUGAAACCCAUAGGUUGAAAUAAUUUAACUUGUGCAGUCACGCAAAGAUUUACUAACAAAACGUGAUUGUUUUUGAUAGCGCGAGGACGCGAAGAAAAAAUGGUUCGUACCAGACGAUGGUUGCACUACAAGAGAGCAUUUCUGUUCCAAUCAACGCAAAGAGAUUUCCAAGUUUUGAAGAUUUGUCUCAAACUAGGAAAGUACUGCGGAGUAUCUCCAAUCAACAUGCAGUACAACGAGCAUACAGCAACAUGCACCAGUAUGUUUUCUCUCAUACUAUUUCUGCUAUUUUCUGUGAGAACCUUAUCAUCCCAUGUGGCCAGUGGACUAGUUAUAUUCGAUCUAAUAUCCUUCAUCUGGAUAGCAUCAAUGCUACUCUUCAUAGCAAGCAAUUUGCGCUCCAAUUUCACAACAAAGAACAAUUGGAUUUCCUUCCUUGACUACCUCACAAGAAUGGAACAAAUAUUAGCGACUGUAGGAUUCCAGAUGAAACAGAGAAGCUACAAACAGUACGUUGAGGUCUCCUUAAUUCUGGUGAUAUACUUGAUGUGGUUCAUUGUUGAAAUAUACCAGAUCCUAUCGAAUAUAAAGGUCACUAUUGAUAUCGGAAAUUUGUUCGUUAACUGUUCUGUGAUGAUCCACAAUUUUUAUAGCACAGUACUGUUCAUUUAUAUCAAAGCAAUAUCGGAACUACUGGAAGCUAGAUAUGGCUUUAUCGAUACUAAACUUAGGGAGUUUGUCGCAAUUGGAGGUUCGAAGAACGGUACAUUGCUCAAAACAGUAUCUGCUUUUCUUAAAUUGUCAGAGAGAACAGUUGAGGAAGGAAAUAUAGUACUGGGUUGGCAAUUUUUUCUGGAAACUGUUAUUGGAAUACAGUAUGUUUUACACCUUGUGCUCAUUUUACUAUUCCAUAAUCCAGGCUGGGGUAUUAUAGCCAGAACUAAUUUUGCUGUAAUAAUACAUACAAUAUGUAUAAUAUCGAUGGUGUUGUCUUGUGAUGCUCUGGAAAGAAUUGGAAAGGAAAUAACGAAUACUUGUUACGAAUUACAUCUAAGAUCGAUUAAUGUGAAAAUGAAGAAGAAACUUCUACAUCUUGCUAAAUAUUCCAAUCAGAUGCGACCUAUUUUUUCCGCCGCUGGAUUUUUUGACAUCAAUCAGUGUGUUUUGAAUGCGAUAUUCGCAACUAUUAUGAAUUUCUCUGUGACGCUUAUACAGUUCAAUAUGGUAUUGUCGAAGUAGUUUUGUAUUGUAUUUUACAAAUUCUGUCGUUACAUGCUUACAAAAAUCAAAUGUAUCUCUUUCAUUCGUGCAUUUUAAAGCUCCAAUAAUAUCAUGCAACUUUGUAAAUCUAAUACAUGCAAUAUAUAACUA